AUGAUCAUUCAAGGGUUUCGGAGUUACAGAGAUCAGACUAUUAUCGAACCCUUCAGUCCAAAACAUAAUGUCAUUGUGGGCCGAAAUGGAUCUGGAAAAAGUAAUUUUUUCUAUGCUAUCCAGUUUGUAUUAUCUGAUGAAUUCAGUCACAUGAGACCUGAACAGAGACAAGCUUUACUUCAUGAAGGCACUGGUCCUAGAGUUAUCUCAGCUUUUGUUGAGAUAAUAUUUGAUAAUUCAGACAACAGAAUUCCUAUUGAUAAAGAUGAAGUAGUGUUAAGAAGAGUUAUUGGUUCAAAGAAGGAUCAAUAUUUCUUGGAUAAAAAGAUGGUCACGAAAACUGAUGUAAUGAAUUUAUUAGAAAGUGCUGGUUUCUCUAGAAGUAAUCCAUAUUAUAUUGUCAAACAGGGAAAGAUCAAUCAAAUGGCUACAGCCCCAGAUUCACAUAGAUUGAAAUUAUUACGUGAAGUAGCUGGUACUAAAGUUUAUGAUGAAAGGAAAGAAGAAAGUAAAGGCAUUCUUGUUGAAACAGAGGGUAAACGAGAGAAGAUCAAUGAUCUGUUAAAAUAUAUAGAAGAAAGAUUAGAUACACUAGAGAGUGAAAAAGAAGAAUUAAAAGAAUAUCAGAAAUGGGAUAGAAUGAGGAGAUCGUUAGAUUAUACCAUACAUGAUCAUGAGUUGAGAGACACAAGACGUAAACUAGAAGAAUUGCAAGAAAAACGUGACAAUAGUGGAGCUAACACAACUAAAUUACGAGAUGGUCAACAAGAAGCUAAUGAUAAAGUCAAGAGUAUCAAUAAAGAUUUGAAAGAGCUAAAAGGUAGAAUGCAGGCUAUGUUAGAAGAAAAAGAUGGUUUGAGCAGUGAAAAUCAAGAUUUAACUAAAAGAAAAGCCAAGUUGGAACUGAAUAUGAAAGAUAUACAAGAUGAGAUGGAAGGCAAUCAAAACACAAGGAAUAAAGCUGAAAUAGAACUACAGAAAGUGAAUGAUAAAAUCAAUAAAACACAAGAACAGUUAGAGUCUAUUAUACCACUGUAUGAAGAACAGAGAGAUAGAGAGGAAACUACACAACAACAAUUAGGUAUAUCGGAACAGAGACGUAAAGAAUUAUAUGCUAAACAAGGUCGUGGUAAUCAGUUUCAAUCUACUAAUGAUAGAGAUAACUGGAUUAAAAAAGAAUUAAAAUCAUUAAAUAAAGCUAUCAAAGAUAAAGAAGAACAGGUAUAG